AUGUUGUACGUAAAAGAAGUUUGGGAAGAUUUUAAAAAACAACAAUGUAAGAAUGAAUACAAAUCAAAAUCUGAAAAUCGCGCACGAAAGGCAUUACGUACAAUAACAUUUAUCCUUGGAACAUUUACAAUCCUUUGGACACCAUUUUAUGUCUUAGCAACAGUAAUGGGAUUUUGUGAUUCAUGUAAAAAUUCAAAAAUAUUCAAUUUCUUCUAUUCUAUUAGCUAUUUUCUAUGCUAUAUGAAUAGUCCAAUUAAUCCAUUUUGUUAUGCUAUGGCUAAUCAACAAUUCAAAAAAACACUUAUACGUAUUUUAAGUUGUGAUUUUAAACGUUCAUAG